AUGGCUGCCUUUGCCAGUAUAGGUUUCAUUGAACAUGCUACCACCGCGGCCAUCCGCAGUGCGGCCAUGAAGCACAGCCGCCUGGAGGGGAUCUCGUCUUUAGUGCUCCUGGGGCUACUCUGCCUCGCAGCUGCUUUGGGGGCCCUCCUCUUGCUGGCCAAGCCUUGGGAGACAUACCAGACGUACGAUGACGGCAGGACGAAGUCCGUCGACAAAUGGACCAUCGACGUUUGGAUGGUGUUUCUAGGCUACAGCGCCGUCUUUGCAUUCGGGCCCUUGGCACUGGCACUGGUCCUGGUGCUACAAAAUGUCCUCCAUCCUUGGCAGUGGGAGCCGGCUGAAACUUCGGAUGUGGAAACCAGCUCUGAGGGCACUGGCAACUUUGAGCUUGAAGGUAGCAGCGGCAGCACAAGCUCGGCCUCUGCAACUCCUGCCUCGACCUCGCUGUGUGCGACUUCCCGGUGCCUAAGGCUGGUCGUGAUCCUAGUCUUCCUCUGGGCAUGCUUCCUUUUUACAGCUGCGAUGACGCCGAUUUGGAACUUCUCCAUGAACUCCUACUUCAAGAGUGUCUCGAAGUACGCGAUGUUUUACUGGCCUGUCGGCCAACUACCAUGCUCGAUCCUGGGGGGCAGUGGAGAGGCAAACUGCGUGGGCCAUGGCCUCUGCAGGGAGAUUUCACACUGGCUGCCAGGAUUUCAGGUGGGAGUGGACGCGUGCCCAUGGUUCUCCUUCAAGCCCUUCCCCGACUGCGCCUUGUAUUAUGGAUUCCUGACGCUCUUCGUCCUCUGCGGUGCGCUGGCGCACACGCGCCCGAUCUCAUGGAUGGCAAAACGCCACAUCGCAGGCCCCAGGCGACUCCCAGGUUUUCUGAACCCGUUCCCAGACGGCCUCUCGCUCCUGGAAGCUGUCAUGGUGCUCAUCCUCGCCCUGUUCUUCGCAG